UACAUUAAAAUACUCGAUCAAUUUUUCGCGUAAUAUAAGUAAUCGCAUAUUUUUCGAUCGCAUCAUCGAAAAAAAUGGCUUCCGGCAAAAGCACCAGAGAGGUUCUAUUGUCUCUCAUCGAUGACAUCGAACUCAUAACAAAAGAAAUGAUAGAAAACACCAUUGCUCAAAAACAGCUGAAACUGUCGAGCGAGGUACACGCUCAGCUGACUGAUUUAUUGAUUGCUAAAGACGAUGAAUUAAAAAUGACUUUGAAACGUGCGGCUGAACAAGCGAAAAUUAAUUUAAAAAUGGAGGCAUUAAAAGUUGAGGUAGAGAGACAGGAUCAAGACAUUCGGCAACUGCAGCGGCAACUGAAAGAAGCAGAACAAAUUCUAGCCACUGCAAUUUAUCAAGCAAAACAGAAGUUGCAAUCUAUUGCUCGUGCCAAUAAAAAGCCAGUUCCUUCAGAGGAACUUAUUAAAUAUGCACAUAGAAUAAGUGCAUCGAACGCUAUUUGUGCACCACUUACAUGGCAACAAGGAGAUCCUAGGAGACCAUAUCCCACGGAUAUUGAAAUGAGAUUGGGAUAUCUUGGACGAUUAAGCGAUCUUCCUUUGAAUGGACAGAUGUUAGGUUCUCAUCCUGGAAUAUCAUCUGAUUUGCAUAGAGCUGGACAUCCUGUGGGUGAACCACCAGUGUCACAGGCCAAUCAAUUUGCAUGGCAUCCCUCUGGUGAAAUACAUAUGUCGGUGAGCGGCCAAGGGAGCGUCGCUAUGAAUACUCACAAACAGGAAACAGAGGAUGUGGAAGUUAUGUCCACAGAUUCGUCGAGUAGUUCUUCCAGUGACUCUCAAUGAUUAUCUGUUUGCAAUGAUAGAUCAUGGACUGAACUUUGUUUACUUAUUAUUAAAUAUUUAUAAAAGACGUAACAGAAGAAAUAAAUUUUGUACAAACAUCUAACAACUUCUAAGCGUUUA